UGAAGGGAGUAGUAUCGUCAUCUAAAGGAUUACACACCAAACUACGUCAAGCUGCUCAACGGAAAAAUGGAGUAACAAAAGAACGCAAACAGUUGAUUAAAAUGGGAAAUAAGCUGAGAGCUGAAUUGUUGAAAUAUAAAGGAGGGAAAAAAUCGCCUUCAAUUGAGGCACGUCAAUCGUCCAAAGAUCCGCAGAAUGUGGCGCAAACAUCCCGAUCCCAACUACGGGGUUUGGAACAGUUGCAAUAUGAACUAACAAGCAAAGAACUGCAUGCAGUAUGCACAGAGAACACUAGCGAGGAAUAAUGAUCAGCAUUCGCUAUCUCCUCGCAAAAAAAAUUCCGCGUCGGCCCAAAACUUCAAAAACACUCUUCAAACACGGAACUCGCAGAAAAAGCAGGCCUACCGGAAUCGUCUACUGUUCGUGACGAAAUCGUCUCGCCAUGGCAACCUUCGUUCUCAUCAGACGACCGCGCGUCGUUACAAGAUGUCUGGAAACUACUAGACGAGGACAGUUCUGGAUUAACCCAUCGCGGGGACGAAGUCAGCAUGUCUCAGCUUCGGGAAAGUUUCUCAACUACGGACAGUUUCACGGUCAAAGGUCAGCCUAGUCACGUGCAUCUCAAGCCAGAGUGUUCCAAGGCUGCGCUGUCUGUCAAGGCAGCUGGGAAAUGGACACUCUCCCAGGAACAUAAACAAAAUGAAAUCGAGAACGGGACAAAAAUGUUGGUUCUUUGGAAAGAUACAAAAUCCAAGAAAGCAACCAAAAGAAAAUUCCCUGCCGAGAUUGUAAAGAUAUCAGAUGACAAAGACUGGUUACUCAAAUACAUGAGAGAAGAUGAUUCUCCGGUUAAAACAGGCAAAGGUUUCCGUGUUAUAAAUGAUAGCGACAGUGACACAGAAAGACAGCAAGAACCAGCUGCAACGAAGAGGCAGAAAGCAGCAUCUAAAAAUGCUGAGCAAUCAAAGCGAUCAACCAAUCUGGCUAACAUGAUAAAGGAAAGAUACAGGAAGGAAAGUCUUAAAUUAUUUGAUGACAACAGUGUAUGUGAUGAAGAUUGCAAACAUUUAAGAGAAAAUAGAACGCUUCUGGCAACAAUCAAACACCUAAAAAGUGAAAAUGAAAGACUUCGGGAACAAAUCGAAAGUAGUGAUGAUUUAAAAGUUUCUUUGAGAAAACUGAAGAAGUAUGUUGCAUCCUUGGAAGGCUUUUCAAACCAAGCACCAAAAUUUGGUUCACAACAGAGCGUACGAGCAUACGAGCCUUCCGCAAGAUUGUCUCCUUUGACAACCAUGGAUCAUGGAAGAUCGUCUCCUAUCUCAUGUGUGUCAAGCUCAUCAACCAGAUCUUCUCCCACAUCGAUGAGUGGUUUUUCAGAAUUUGCUACAGAGGAACCAACCGUAAUUGCAAUUAGCGAAGACAACUUGUUGAAAGACAAAAGUAAGGAAAUACAAGGCUGUGAUGAUGACAACUAGGUCCAGGAGUUAGAGAAGGACACAUAUGCUUCCUCAAAAAUUUGUGGAAGUGACGAACAGUCUGGAUUGGCUGAUGUUAUGGCAGAUAAGGUUGUUCUGGGACCAGGCUUGUCGAUUUCAAAGAAUGUGCUUCAACGAAUAAAGACGAAGAAAGUAGGAUCAUUUGUGGCAAACCUGAUGGGAGCAACACUCACAAGAGAGUACAUGGCGACACACAGUUACAAAGGGCAGAAAGGGAAGAAUGGGCAAACAAAGCCAAAGCUUGAUACAAACUACACAGCUUCCCUAAUAAAAUACGCCAAGAGUGUAAGAUACACCGAACUUCAGCGGCCUGUUAUUGACGAGGACAUUGUCAAAGCUAUCAAGUUUAAACUGAACAAUGAGGAACAGGCGUUCAAAAAGCAACAAGAAUAACAGUAUUA